AGGAGGAGAUACCGCGAGACCUCCGCGCGCGCGCGGUGCGGGAAGGGUCCCGCCUCCCCUCAGAGCCACUCCCCCGCGCCCCACGCUCCGGCAGGGCGCAUGCGCGCGGGGUGUUUCCCGGUGGAAAGUGGCGUCUCUGUGGCCAGGGGGUCGUCGACUCGGCCGGAAGUGGUCUCGUCGGGGAAGAGGUAGCGGAGCGGCCGGGUGCCUUCCGGGGACCGGGCUGGGGGCGCCGGGCCUGGCGGGGUCGCGCGUGCGGCCGUGAGGCGAAGGCUCCGCCACGGGUUAAGGCCACCCUUCCAGAUAGCCCAUCCACUUAACUCAUCCAUUCCCAAGGAUGUGUGCGUCACCUAUUGAAAACAUUGGAUCUUUGCACACCAGAUAUCCCUGACAGCUCAUCUCAUCACCCCUGCAGCCAAGUUUCUUUACCAGCGGACAACCAAGGCAACUAUCAAGCUUGCUCUUCACGACCAAGUGUGUAGACUGUCCCUGCCAACAAAAACAGUACACAGAGCUUCCCUUCACAUUACCACUGAUCAUUCAGAUGGCACUAAGAAAAUCAGCUUGUCUAAAUGUGAGCCCUUCCCUUGUUGGGUAGCAAGGAUUUGAAGGAGAUAACUCUGGAAUCUGUGUCACUGGUAAAUGACUGGCACUUUUACACACUACACUGGUCUUGAGGACUGAGAUGUCCGGCUUUGUAAGUGAAGAUUAUACAACAUAACCUUGAAGAACAACACAGUAGUGUGGGCCAGUGGCAGACUUGUGUGUGUAAUGGACUGAGAGACAAAUUGCUCUUGGUGAAAAGAUUUUCUGUCUGUUUUUUAUUUGCCAGUGUUUGUGUUUGCUGGCUUAGGUUGUUGCCUUUCCUGGUUCCUUGCUCUGUUUUGUUGUAAUGGGUCCCAGAAAUCCAUCUCCUGACCCCUUAUCAGAAUCAGAAAGUGAGGAAGAAGAAAACUUUGGCUAUUUCGAUGAGAAUUCUGGGGAAGAAUGGGACUCCUCUGAAGAAGAGGACCCUGUAGUUCCCAACCUAACGCCUCUUGAGAGCCUUGCCUGGCAAGUCAAGUGCCUUUUAAAAUAUUCUACAACUUGGAAACCUUUAAAUCCCAAUUCCUGGUUAUAUCACGCUAAACUCUUGGAUCCAAGCACACCAGUCCAUAUACUUCGAGAGAUAGGUCUAAGACUCUCUCAUUGUUCCCAUUGUGUUCCCAAACUGGAACCAAUUCCUGAGUGGCCCCCUCUGGCCUCUUGUGGAGUGCCACCUUUUCAAAAGCCCCUUUCAAGUCCCAGCCGGCUCUCACGAGAUCAUGCCACUCUCAAUGGAGCACUGCAGUUUGCCACCAAACAGUUAAGCCGAACAUUGAGUAGAGCCACUCCCAUCCCCGAGUACCUAAAACAGAUCCCCAACUCCUGUGUUUCUGGUUGUUGUUGUGGCUGGCUAACUAAAACAGUGAAAGAAACAACCCGUACUGAACCCAUCAACACUACGUACUCCUACACUGACUUCCAAAAGGCAGUUAACAAACUUUUAACAGCAUCACUCUGAAGAUCUACCAUUGGAUCAUCUCUCUUUGAUAUAGCUAAGAAAGAAGUGGGUGAGAAUGUUAAUCAUUAGGCAGCCCACAGUUGAAAAGCUAAUGUUUUCUCAACUGACCUAUGCCAUGCUAUAGCUUACCCAGGUACUGCUGUAUAUUGAAUGUGCCCGAGAUCCUGUAAUUCACCUGUAUAAAAUAUGCGUUGUGAGCAUACUGUGAAAGAUCCUAUGGAUGAAAUGAGAAUUUUGAUGGAGAAUUACUCGAAAAAGAUUUUAUAACAGAUGACUAUUCUUUAUUGUCAAUAUUUACCUUCUCCCCAGUUUACUGUGUCUAUAUGAAUGGACUUUAAGUAGAUACCUAAUUUAUUAACAAGAAGGAAAACAAACUUCCUUUUUGUUUCCCAUCAGUCAUAACUGCCAUUGUGGAAAGCAAGAAGUUAACAACACCUAGCAAAAUCUUUGGAAACAUAGUCCUCUGCGAAACUGAUUUCUAGGGAGGUGAAUAAUGAGGCAAAUGAUGGGAAUACAGAUCUCUCCUGGCUUUUCAAUAAGUAUGCUGACAUAAUACCAUUUAAGGGUUUCUAUUUUUGAGGGUGUGCAGUUUCAAACCUAGAUACACUACUCCAGAUGUGAUUAUGAUACCUACUAUUGCACUGAUCAUUCAGAAUUAGAGUCCCACUACGUUUUUUUUUUUUCAGUCCACUAUGUAUUUAGCUAAGUGGCCUGAAACAACAUCCCUUGGAGUUGAACAGAAACCUGUUCUGUAGGAAGUGGUUCCUAAAUCUUGGCUUGUAGAUAUUCAAGUAUAAAUAAACUACAUUGCCCAGGAUGAAUAGGAAAAGAGUAGGAGAACAUUUAUGCUUUCGCUAUCAGCCAUUAAUAGAUUAAAGUAUUUUAUCUGUAGAACAUUUCCUGGAGUCAUUUAUGCACUUUCUACAUCCAUUGCAACAUUUUCAGGAAUCAAAACUCUGAGGAAAAAUAGCUCAUACAUCCUGAAGUAAAGAGUUAUAGCAGCUUUGUUUUCCUAAGUAGAUUAGCUUUAGCUUUUCUUCUGGCUAAAGGUACUCUUGUCAGUGAGUCUUAGGAGUAUGAGCAGUACAUGAGGCCGUUAAGUCAAUGAGACAUUCUCCAGUGAAAACCUGUGUGUGGUGCCUCUUGACUGGACAUCUAAUGAGAAUCAAACAGUUACAGCAGAGCAGUGGACACAGGCCAUGUUGUAAAAGGAGAAUAUGGCAGCUCAUUUGAUGCCGAUGUAAAAGAAGAACAGAACAAACUAGACAACUACCCCAGUCAAAUGGUGACAGCAAAAAAUCUCAGUGAAUGGAGACUUGAGACUUACUGUAUCAGCCAAUAGACAUUAGGAUGGUGACAUCAUCCUUGGAUUG